GGCGCGCAGCAGAAGGGAUCCGAGGAGAAAGACAGGCGAGCGGCGGGGGAACUCGCUAGCUUUCCCUCCGCCUUCCUCUCACCUUGCUUCUUGUACCUUGAUCCCCGGUUUAAGCCCUGCGCGCCAAAGGCCAGACGGCUACCGGUGGGGCUGAAACUGACCCGCUUUGGGGCUCGCCGGCCUUCCAGCCGCAGAACGCCCAAAGCCCCCGGCUUUGAUCUCAACGUUCCAUCCGCAGAACGCCUUUCAAGAACCGCGAGCAAACCCCAACAAUCCCUUUUGGAAAGCAGCCGCGCGUGGGAGUUAAGGGGACUAAGAAAGGAACGAAUCGAAGUUUUGAGUGGGAAGCCCCCUGCCCCACAUUUAAGAUGCCCCGAGCUUUCCUGGUGAAAAAAACGUGCGUUUCCACGGGCAAGAGGAACUGGAGCGAACUUCCAGAUGAAGAGAGGGGCGAGAUUUACGUCCCAGUCUCGCUGGGGGGGUAUGCCCUGUGGAAAGAUCCGGAGCCUUCCAUUGCUGAACACCCUUCGUACUCAAUGCCACUGGACAUGACAAUACGAGACUCCACCUAUAGGGCAGCACAGCCCCAUUGUACAGCACAGGUCUUCAAUGGGAUACCUCAGGAUGGGGAGCCUGGAUUUUUGCGCCCCAAAAUCAAGGUGACCCAGGGUGAAGGGCCGUGUGAGCCAUUCUGCUGCCCUGUCUGCCAGAAGGGAUUCUCCUACCAGCGGAUGUUGAACCGCCACAUGAAAUGCCACAGCCAGGUGAAGCGGCACCUCUGCCCAUAUUGCAAUAAAGGCUUCAAUGACACCUUUGAUCUCAAGCGCCAUGUCCGGACGCAUACAGGUGUGCGCCCCUACAAGUGUGAACUCUGUGACAAGGCCUUCACCCAGCGCUGUUCCCUGGAGUCCCACCUGAAGAAGAUCCAUGGGGUUCAGCAGAGCUAUGCCUACAAAGAGCGCCGUGCCAAGUUGUACGUGUGCGAGGAAUGCGGCUCCACGGCCGACAGCCAGGAGGGCCACAUGCGCCAUCUUCAGGAACGUCAUCCAGACAGUCCGCUGCUGCGCAAGGCUUCGCGCAAAUCGUCUGCUUUGCUCCAUGGCACCACCCCACCCUCUCUGCUGCAGGGCAACGGUUGCCUUUGAAACUGUCCCUGAGUGGAGCAUAUAAGGGGUCUGUCUUCACCAACAGUCUACUGGCAUCUCCUUGCAAAGUCAACCCUUCUUUUAGCUCAGGGAUUCUCAAACUUUUUAUCCAAGCCGAGGAGAAACAACAUCUUUUGGGCGUGUAUGUGGAGAUAUUUGAGACAAAGGACAAAGAUAGCCUCUGCUGAUCCAACUCUGAGGACAAGAUGACCCAACAGAUCAAAAGGCUAGCAGUAAACUUUUAAGACUAGAUGCAGAAAUUGAACUGGAAGUGACCAGGGGAGGGUGUUUAGGAUUGAAUGAGAAGCAGCAAGCGUCUUUCAUCUUGCAUCCGCCUUUUGCUAAUUGUUCUCGAAAGGAGCUAACAAGAAGGUUAGCAGUGAUUCUCUGGUCCCUAGUUUAGGGUUACUGUUCUGUCGCUGUUACAAGUGACGCCACAACCCUCCCCCUCCCCAUUUUGGUUUUUAACGGGUAUUUUUUCAAACAGUGACUAUAGCUAAUGUGGCAGGGAGGACAGGAGGGAGCCAAUUCUAAUAUGAAUGAAGGUCUUUUAGAAAUGUGGCUAUUUAAUUUUAGAUGAUCCGGGGGUGCUGGGGGGGUGUUUUACUGUUUCUGUGAAUAGGUAGUUUUGUAGCUCCCAAAAGGUGUACUUUGGACUUUGAAUUCAUUUUUCUUGCAGUAUACAUCUAGGGAGGGAACUGCCUUCUGCAUCUGCAUAUGAUACAGUACUCUGCCCUUUGAGUCCAGUGGCACCUUAAAGACCAACAAGAUUUAAGAGUAUACACUUUCGAGAGUCAAAGCUCCCUUCAUCCUAAUGGUCUUUUAAGGUGCUGCCAGGCCAAAUCUUGCUGUUCUACUGUAGAUCAACAGGGCUAACCCACCUGAAAUGUCUCUGGCCUUGCAGCCUUUCAGUGUGUGUGUGGGAGGGUGCACAAUUGUGUCAGCUUGGGAAUGAAUGGUUUAGCCACCUGCAAUACAGAGACACAGUAGGAUAAACCAUCCUAGUGGGAGGUUGCCUGUUGGAGCUCUGCAUAAGUUUCUUCAGUUGGCUUGCCUUGCUCCAUGCAAGAGGCGUGCCCAAAACGAUGACGCGUGCAGAAGCUCAAGGGGAGCGGGCCUUCAUCUGAGGGCAGGUAGGUUUUGUGCUUACGAAUGAACCCUCGCCUUUUGGCUUAUAUGAAAUGUGCCCCCACCCAUUUUAAUGGAGAAAAAUCAUGUGCCUUACUGAUAGCCAGUAUAGUGGGUAGAAUGCUGGAUUAGAGCCAGAGAGUCAUGCGUUCAAAUCUGCGCUCAGCCAUGAAACUCAUUGGGUAGAUGGCCUUGGGCCAGUCACUCUCAGCCUGACCGACCUCAGAGAUAGGCUUCCUUAUUGCCUCAGCCUGGGAGAGAAUUCCCCAGUCCCAAUUUCCCACUCUGGAGAAAUUGAAGGGGGAAAAUGGCCUCUGUAAUGACACUCUUGAGAAUUUCUUCUGUUCAAUAUGGUCUUUACAAUAGACUGGGUAAAUUCCUAGAACGUGUUGGCCUGAAGUGACGUUGCAUCCUCCCCAAACUCUCCCCUCCCUAGUCACUGCCCCCCAUAUCUCCCAGCAUUUGCCCAGGCAGUGCUGGGAAUUGUACUCACAUGAUCAUUGUGAGGAUAAAAUGGCGAAGAGCAUUUGUGCAGUCCUGAAGUUGUAGAAAGGGUGGGAUAAAAAUGGUUAGAUAGAUAAUAGACAGCCAUCAGCAACUUGGCAGACCCUGGGCACCCAGAAGGGGGUAGUAUUGGUUACUGGUAUUUCACUGGCUGCCACAGAGGUAACAUUAAAAACUCUCUGGCUGAUGGUGUGUCCUUUCUCCCUUUGGGGGAAAAAUAUGGCUGCCUGUGGAGAAUGCAAGUAUAUUAAUUUGUGAAUAUGAAUGGUGCAAGUCGGUAUGUUGUUGCUGUGCAGGCGCAGCAGCACAGAAACCAACUUUAGCAUCUCUGGGACACAGGCCUAAGUAGAUUACAAAGGUAUAAAUCUUGUUUACAUAUUGGUCUUUUUUCCCUUGACUUUUCUGUGGAACAAGCCAAGCCUGUGAACUUAAAUGUUAUUAUAUUAUAUUAUUGUUAUUCAUAACCAGUUAUUUUUCCUCUGAUAAUAAAAAUAAAGGUACUGACUACUUCACUGA